UCUUCCUACACUAAAAUGGAUUUAGCAGGACUGAAUUCAAGAGAACGCUUGUUUUUAGUUGUAUGUGUUAUUUCUUGCCUAUGCGUGUCAACGGAUGCCGAGGCAAGCUGCAAACUCAAGGCCAAAUUUAAUCUGAGUGGAUAUAAGGAUGUGGAAAAGAAGACAGUGGUUGUUGGUGGUAUGUUCCCCGUUCACCAACGCCUGGCUUCAACUGACAGCAACACCACAAACGCUCCAGAUUCUUCUGGAUGUGAGGGCUUUAAUUUCCGUACUUUCCGCUGGGCUCAGACCAUGCUGUUUGCCAUUAAAGAGAUCAACGACAGGGUAGACAUAUUACCCAAAACUGAUCUGGGAUAUGUCAUCUAUGAUUCCUGUUUCACCAUUUCCAAAGCUGUAGAAGGAACCCUCACCUUCUUGACGGGACAAGAUGAGGCUGUACCCAAUUAUCGCUGUGGGAAUGGGCCGCCCCUCUCUGCUUUGGUCGGUGCUGGAGGAUCUGAUCUGUCAAUUGCCACAGCUAGGAUCCUGGGACUCUACUAUUUCCCACAAAUGAGUUACGCAUCUUCAUGCUCAGUUUUAGAAAGCAGAUUUCAGUACCCCACUUUUCUCCGCACCAUCCCCAGCGACGAGCAUCAGUCUGUGGCCAUGGCGCGACUGGUGCUUCAUUUUGGCUGGACCUGGGUGGGUACCAUCGCCGCUGACGACGAUUACGGCAAAUAUGGCAUCAAGAGGUUCAAGGAGGUCGUAGAGGAAGCAGGGGUCUGCAUAUCCUUCUCUGAAACCCUCCCCAAAGUCAGCAACCCAGAGGCCAUCCAGCGCAUUGUGCAGACAGUGCUGGACUCCACGGCUAAGAUCAUUGUGGUGUUUUCGUCUGAUGUGGAUCUGAGCCCCCUCGUGAACGAACUGCUUUUGAACAAUGUCACCAAUCGCACUUGGAUUGCGAGCGAGGCCUGGGUGACAUCUGCUGCCGUCUCACGUCAACCAAAUAUUCUGCCUCUUCUGGGAGGUACAAUAGGGUUUGCGGUCAGGAGGGCAACAGAAAUACCCGGUCUGGAAGAGCACCUGUUGGGAAUCGAUCCCUAUCAGGACCCUUUGACCGAAGAGUUUUGGGAGAAAGCCUUUAACUGUACUCUAAGUUAUCAAACGGCUGUUCAGGGUUCUAGUUUGGCACCAACAAGCCUCUGCAAUGGAAAUGAGAUGUUAGGCAAGUUAAAUAAUACAUUUACAGAUGUGUCACAGUUGAGGCUAACGUACAACGUGUAUAAGGCUGUAUAUGCUGUGGCACAUGCCCUGCAUAACCUAGAGCACUGUAUGCCGGGGAAAGGUCCUUUUGAUGGCGGCAGCUGUGCUGACAUUAACAGUUUUGAACCUUGGCAACUGAUGUACUAUCUGAAAAAUCUCAGAUUCAAAGUUCCUCACACUGGAGAGGAGAUAUACUUCAAUAAUGGCGAAGUGAAUGGGUUUUAUGAAAUCUUAAAUUGGCAGAGUGAUUCGGAGGGUGAAGUUUUGUAUAACCCCAUUGGUUACUAUAACAGCACACUGGCCCUCGAUGAAAGGCUCACGAUUGACAACACAUCUAUCAUAUGGAACAAUGACAUUCUGGAGCCACCACGCUCUGUGUGCAGUGAGAGGUGCCAGCCGGGAACCAGGAUGGGUAUUCGUCAGGGAGAACCUAUUUGCUGUUUUGACUGCAUUCCCUGUGCAGAUGGCGAGAUCUCUAACACAACAGAUGCAAGGGGUUGUAUCCAAUGCGAUGAAGACUACUGGUCCAAUGCUAAUCAUGAUGAGUGCGUGCCAAAGACCAUUGAGUUCUUAGACUUUUCCGAAGCUCUUGGGAUCACACUAAUCGCCAUCUCUGCUUUCGGUGCUCUUGCGACUAUCGUAGUCGCGAUCAUCUUCUUGAUGCACCUUAACACUCCUCUGGUGCAGGUGAAUGACCCUCUGCUUAGCUUCAGCCUGCUGUUCGGUUUGGUGAUCACCUUCCUCUGCUCUAUUGUGUUCCUGGGAAGGCCUCAGAUGUGGUCUUGCAUGACCAGCCAGGUGGCACUUGCUGUCGGCUUUGCUUUGGUCCUGUCUUCACUCAUGGGCAAAUCUGCUCUUCUCAUGCUGAGAGCCAGAGCAGUUAAAGCCGUCAAAGCUGCCGCCAAAGCAGCCAAGGCAGCAGCUGCAGCUUCCGAGCAGAGUCCCGACACUGCCGUCAUUGCCCCGGCUGUGCCGCAGAAGAAUGACGUUGACCCCAUACAUCCCAGGCACCAGAGGGCGAUAAUGUUGGUGUGCACCCUGAUUCAAGCGGUGGCCUGCACUGUGUGGCUGAUCUUGAUUCCACCCCACCCGGUGAAGAACACGGCCGCCCAGAACAUCAAGAUCAUCCUGGAAUGUGACCCUGGAAACAUCAUCUUCAUCUGCUCCAUCUUUGCUUAUGACAUUCUUUUGGCCGUGAUCACUUUUGCCUUUGCUUUCGUGUCACGCAAGUUGGAAGACCACUUCAGUGAGGGCAAGUGUGUCACUUUUGGCAUGAUGGUCUUUUUUAUCGUUUGGAUCUCAUUUGUGCCAGCCUACCUGAGUACACGGGGGAAGUUCAUGGUGGCCGUGCAAAUCUUUGCCAUUUUGGCAUCCAGCUUCGGCCUGCUGGCUUGUAUUUUUAUCCCGAAGGUUUAUGUGUUGCUUAUCAAGCCUGAUAGAAACACAGAGGAGAUGAUGAUUCCCAGACCAAUAUCUCGCAAUAAACCUGCCACUGGAAGCGCUGCAUCGAUUGCCAGCAUUUCUAAUGGCAAUGGAACCACAGUGUCUACUGUGUCUCUGGACUGAAAACAGGCCCUGAAAACAUCCAUCUGCUAUAAUACAUGAUGAAUGUACAAUUGGACUUCAUAUUUUCAGAAUACUCAACAAAAAAUUUAAUCAGAUCUAAGACAGAAUAGAAAUACCAAAACGGGUCCUUUGAAGAGGUCUUUUCAUACAUUAUUGAUACAUUUCUUUUAUUUUUUUUUACUAUAAUGUAACAUAUUUUUUUACCCACAAAUUGUACACUGUAAAAUCUUUUUGCACUUACAUUUUUAAGUAUAUUCAACUUGGAUUUUUAAGUCAUUUUAACUUAGAUUUUUUAUCUUUACUAGUAAUGAGGUGCUGUAACUUAUAAAAUAAAGUUGAAACAAAUAAAGCGAGUUAAUUUUUAUUUAAGUUAAGUCCAAGAUAAUUAUACUGAAAAAUGUAAGUGCAAAAAAAAAUUGUUUGCUUUUAUGUUGAUUUUGUUUUCAACUGCCCCAUGCUUUAAUAAGUCUUUUUGCAAAGUUUGAUCAAGGAAAUUAUUAAGGAAAAUUGGAUUCCUCAUAAUAAUGUGAAAGUGUACUUAGGGAUGUUUUUAUAACAAAUAUAGCUGUUCAAAUUACAAGUAACCUGCACUCAGUAAAAAUGUUCAGUGGCAAUCUUUAGUCUUGGAAAUGUCUUGGAGAGGUGAACAUAAUGCGGGAGCCAGCAGGUGGGAGCAAUAAAACUUUUUUAGUCAAACUAGAAAUAUUCUCAGUUGUGGCGACACACAACAGAUAAAAUAUAAAUAAUUUGUUGCUAUUUGCUGAAUAAAAGAUUUACUCUUAAUAGUUUUGCUAAUAAUACAAUGAAGUAUAUUUUUAUGAAAUUUCUUAAACUAUGCUGUUGACUUUAUUUCUGAAUUUAAAAAUGAUAAUUUUUUCAAAUAAUUGUAAAUUUAGUAGUAGUAGUAAUUACUGGUUGUGUUUGGGAUCAUUUUGCUUCAAAUGCUGUUUAGAGCUACAG